CUUACACGAGUCAUUCCGGUGUCAAAAUGGCGGAUCUUUUGGGCAGUGACGAAUUUCAGGAAGAUCCCGCAGCCGAAUUUUUAGCGAGAGAACAAGAUGAUCUUGCUGAACUGGGAGAGGAUUUCGGUGGAGGGCAGCCGGAGACCGACGAGCUCAAUGGCUUUGAGGAUUCAGUGGACAAUCAGCCAGUCGUAAAUGGAUUUGCUGAUGAGGAGAUUUCAGGCUCCCACCAGCCAGUGGUACCACUCCCAAGAGAAUCAGAACCAGAAUCUGUCAGAAAAUGGAGAGAAGAAAAAGCAGCUCUUCUUGACAAAAUGGAUAGUGAGGAAAAAUCUGAAAUACAAGAAUGGCGCGAACAAGCUAAAAAGGAACUCAAUGACUGGUAUGAGAGACGAGAUGAACAAUUAGGAAAAACACAAACAAGCAAUAGGGCGGACGAGGAAGCCUUUGUGGCUGAUCGUGAUGACUCUUCCACUCCAGGUCAUGACUGGGAACGAGUCUGCCGCAAUUGCGACUUUAAUCCAAAAGGAACAAAGAACACCAAGGAUGUAUCACGCAUGCGAUCAAUUUUCCUGCAACUUAAGCAAACACCGCUUGCAAAGGAAUAGUGCUGUGUUUUCUUAGGUCAUCUAGUAAUUAACCCAAAAAUUUGUUGACUUCAUCUGAUCGUCAUAUCACCUUUAGUUAGUAAACAUUUUUCUUUGGCUUCAAAUUAUGUUAAGUAAUGUAAACCAAGUUUCUGGUCCCAGUUUUGUAUGAUUAUUUUCAAAUUUAGACAGUUUGUCAUGAUUGCUUUGCAUUUGUCAGGUGUUUGUGCAGGUACAUUGUGUCCCUUCUAAAGCAAGCCACUUGGGACCAGCUUUGAGGGUCUGUCAAAGGGAUACAUUAAUCUACCUCUGAGAUUUGUAACACAGAAAAAAACCCUAACCCUAACCCUUCAUUGAAGUUUUGAACAC